AUGACCGGCAGCGUCUUGAUUACCAACGACUCGAACACGUACUCUGUGUCCAUUGUCAUCCACAACGCGGCCUGCAUUACCUCCGGCGUUCCAUACGCCGACUUCAACCUCAUCCCGGUUACGCCCAAGAGCGUUUACCAGAAGAGCGGCAACUCCAGCCUCAGCCCUCAGGUGGCGGGCAGCAUCACCGCUGCUCCCGCCGGGUUCUUCUCCCGUGACCCUUCGGACAUCAACGUCGAGGGUCUGAUCGCGUACACGGUCCCUGGCGUCGACGCCACCACCGACUCCUACAACCUGGUGGUGUACUUUGCCAGUAUCAAGACGGCCACCGGCGGAUACACGACCGUUGGGUUCGUGAACACGAAGACGCCGAUCGACGAGGAGCUGCUGACGCAGAUGAGCGCUACACCGUCGACCACGUACAAGACCACCGCGUCUUCGAGGCCGAUGACGGUCGGCGGAAAGUCUUACACCUUCCAGGCGAGUAUGGUUUCAUUGCCGCAGUCGCCUCAGGCUUCCGUCAAAGGAUUGGUCGUGGGCGACUACGGCUAUGCGGUUGAUGUCACCUUCUCGACCUGA